CUUAAAGCCCGGUCAGCUCACCACGCAUUCCACAGUACAGUAACUGCUUCCCGAUAUAUUAAAAUCACUAUCAAGUGUGCCUCAGUAAUUGAGUCACUCAACACAAUUGAUCAUCACCGCAAUGGAGUCUGUCCAUCAUGUAUCGACCUCCUCCAAAGUCCUGCUUAAAAAGGCGCGCAAGAUGGUGCCGCCCAUGCUGGAGCAGUUUCACAAAGGACAGCAUGGACGCGUUGCAGUCAUCGGGGGAUCUUUAGAUUACACAGGCGCACCGUACUUUUCCUCGAUGGCAUCGGCGAGACUAGGAUGUGAUAUGAGCCAUGUCAUUUGUGAUAAAUCAGCAGCCACCGUCAUCAAAACCUACUCCCCGAACCUCAUGGUUCACCCUAUCCUGCCAAGCAGCGCUACAGUCAAAAACCCUGAGACAAUCGAUGCACCAUCACUCGCUAGCCCAAUCAUCGCCAUGCUUUCUCGGCUGCACUGCCUGGUGAUCGGACCGGGAUUGGGUCGCGACGGCGUCACCCUCAAGGUUGUCAUCGAGGUGAUGAAGGAAGCCCGGUCCCGCUCGAUUCCCUUUGUCCUAGACGCAGAUGGUCUACUCCUCGUCACCGAGGAUCCAGAUCUAGUCCGUGGCUACAAAGAAUGCAUUCUGACGCCCAAUGUGAACGAGUUUAGUCGGCUGGCCAAGGCUUUGGGGAUCGAUGUGCCGAGUCUCGCUGAGAUCAACGCUAAGGCUGACGGUGCUGACAAAACAAAUGAGGAGACCAAGGCCUGUGAGCAGCUGUCCAACGCACUUGGUGGCGUGACCAUUAUCCAAAAGGGUCCCCAUGAUGUUAUCUCCAACGGCAUCACAAGUAUCAUCUCUGAUAUCCAGGGAGGCUUGAAGCGCAGUGGAGGACAAGGCGAUACGCUGACGGGCUCCUUGGGUACACUGUUAGCCUGGAGAGCAGCCUACCAUGACGGACUCUGGGACUCGGGAGAGAAAGACAAUGCCAAGGAAGCGCAGACCAAGGAAGAAAUUCGAGCGGAGCUUGAGUCAGAGGACAAGCGGAUGUCUCCUUGCACGACUCUGCUUUUGGCCGCGUUUGCUGGUAGCUCAAUUACUCGAGAAUGCUCUCGAAGGGCUUUUCUGGCCAAGGGCCGGAGUAUGCAGGCCAGUGACUUGACGGACGAGGUCCACGAGAGCUUCCUCAAGCUGAUUGGCGAGCCCGAAGCGUCGAAGAUGCGCCUGUAGAGGGCGUCCAGGCUCAUCAGAGGACUGUAUAGAUAGUUGACCGCAGGUCGUCCGUCCAGCGGUUUGGCCAUGUCAUGACAUCAUGAAUCUCAGAAUUAUGGACCCUUGGC